AUGGCAAGCAUUACAUCAGUGUUAUAUCUCUUGCUCUCUUUUUUGCCCUGUGCAGGCGUGUGUGGGCAGCAGGCAUUCAGGACGGAGCCGAGGAACGUGACCGUGAGGGCUGGAGCCACGGCUCUACUGAAGUGUGAAGUGCUGAGGGCCUCAGGGACUGUGCAGUGGGUGAAGGAUGGCCUGCUUUUAGGGCCACACAGGUCUCUGCCCGGCCACCCACGCUACACCAUGACUGGUGAUGAGAACAGAGGACAAUAUCAUCUCCAGAUUGAAGACGUGCACCUGGAAGAUGACUCCCCCUACGAAUGCCAGGUGGGCCGUUCUGAAACCAGUCAUCCCAUCGUCUCACGCACUGUGUGGAUCAAUGUGCAAAUUCCUCCAUCGAAUCCCUACAUUGUGUUGGACUUAGAGGAGCCAUGGGUGGAGGGAGAGGAGUACACGGUGACCUGCAUUGCCCCUGAUGCCAAACCGGCUGCUGAUGUCACUUUCUUUAAAGAUGGAGAGGAGCUGACAGACACAUCGUCUUUCACGAUGUCAGGCUCUGAAGAUAAACUCCUGAACACUCACACUGAAGUUAAUAUCAGGCCUCAGCGUUUGGAUGAUGGCCGACCCCUGCUCUGUCGAGUGAAGAACCCAGCUCUCAGCCAGGCCUUGGAAACCAAAAUUUUAAUGAAAGUAUAUUUUCCACCCCAGGCUCCGGUAAUAGAGGGAUUGAGGAGUGAAGAGGUGAACGCCGGUACCCUUCUCCGGCUGGUCUGUUUGUCAUACGGAGGAAACCCUUUGGCUACUCUGCACUGGACUAAGAAUGAUGAGGUGUUGUCCACUAUCUGGGAAAUGGACACUAUCUCCCAUAAGGCCAGCAGUACACUAGUGAUGCAGGUGAAGCCAGAAGACAAUAAAGCUGUGUUGCGCUGUGAGAGUGUUAAUCAAGUGUCCCGAUCUCCUAUGGCCAUCACUCGCACCCUCUCUGUCCUCUUUGAGCCCUCUAAUGUGGAACUAAGUGGCUCCUCUGAAGCAAUAGAGGGAACCGAGGUGAAUGUGUGCUGCUCCACAUCCUCCAGUAAUCCACCAGUUCAUAUCCGGUGGUGGCUUGGCUUCAAGGAGCUCAAGACCACUGUCAUCACUAUCACUGAGGGAGAGAAUGGUGGGAUGAUGACGACAUCGAACCUGACUCACACCGUGUCCAGGGAGGAAAACGGACUGUUGCUCACCUGUGAAGCAUUUAAUAAAGGCACACGGUUCUCCAGCAUUCAAACCAAAACCCUCACUGUGUACUAUCCUCCUCAGAAGGUUUGGUUAGAAGCCCCACCAGAAGGAACACUCCUGCGUUCAGGGAUGACUAUUCGGCUGGUGUGUUUUUCCAGUGGAGGAAACCCUACAGGGCACUUGACAUGGUUGAAGAAUGGUAAUAUUGUCAUGGUGCCAUCAAGCCACAUCCAGUCUGAGCGUGGUGUGUCACGGGAGUUUCUUCUCACUCUCCAACCCAGCGAUAAUUUAGCCACAUAUCGCUGCAAUGCCACAAACGAGGCCGAGAAAGUAAUAUCAGCUGAGACUAAACUUCGGGUCCAAUUUCCUGCAAUAAGUUUGGAGAUCAUGGUGAAAGAGACGGAGCUGCGUGCUGGAGAGACGAUCACAAUGGACUGUCUGGCUGGAAGCAGCAACCCAGAAGUUAAUAUCAGCUGGAGUCUGGGUCCCAUCAGCCUUUUAGGAAAGCAGAACGCUGCUACGGAGUCGGUGUAUGGCGGUAUGGCAGUCAACAGCUCUAUGGAGCUCCCUCUCUCUUCUGAUCUCCACAACAGCAGGAUCACCUGUCAGGCCUUCAGUGCUGCCCUCUCAGAGCGGGUCAACACCUUCUACAUACUCAACAUCCUCUUCCCUCCUGAGUUUGCAGAAGACCAGCCAAACCUAGUGGAGGUGAUAGAGGAUGACGUCGCCACACUUCCUGUUAAGGUCUCAGCCAAUCCAGAUGAUAUCUCAUGCGAGUGGAUCAUCCAGGGCGAGAAAGUGCUUAGAGAUCGGGAUCAUCGUUACCAUUUCCCUGAAGACUGGAAUCUGGAGAUUUGGAAUGUGACCAGGCAUGAUGCGGGUGUGUACAUAGUGGAGUGUUCCAGUGCAGAAGGAAAGAACAGAACCAGUGUCAAACUGGAUGUCCAUUAUUCCCCCAGCGUUAAGAUGAAGAUGGAUCCUGUGCAUGUGAACAUCGGAGACACUGCAGAUCUGUUUUGCAUUGCUGACGCCAAUCCUGUUACUGAUGGCAUGUUUUCUUGGAAGUGGCUGGGUGAAGGUGAGGUCAAGGAGUUGGGAGAGAUGAGUCAGGACGAAUCGACUGGACUUUUGACCAUCUAUGAGGUGACCCGAGCUCAAGCAGGUCCUUACCAGUGCACUGCAAACAAUGGCAUAGCACCACCUGCCAGUGUAGUGGGUCAGCUUGUUGUAUGCUUUGCUCCAGAGCUGCAGAAGGGGGUGCAGUGGAGAAAAGUGGCAAGUCGAGGAGAUGGUACUACUGACACUGAUUUGGUUUGUCAGGCUGAAGGAGUACCACGUGUCCAAUUCAGCUGGGCAAAGAACAGCAUACCAGUGAACUUUGGCAACCCACGGUAUCUGGAACGGACAGUGAAAGAGGGAGCCAUACACACCAGCACUCUAACUGUAGUAAAUGUGAGUGCAGCUCUGGACUAUGCUGUGUUUACCUGCACUGCCCGAAACAGCCUCGGAGAAGACACACUUGACAUCCAGCUGCUCAGCACCAAUUACCCAGAUCCCCCCUCAGACUUGAAGCUUCUUAGGGUCUCCUCAAACUCCGUCACUCUGGAAUGGAUGCCCGGAUUCGAUGGAGGACUCACUCAGAAUUUUCGAGUUAGGUACCGGUGGGCUGGGUCCUCCAGUUACAUGUACGUUGACGUUUUUCCUCCGAGAUCCACCGUGUACACAGUGAGCGGCCUGAAGCCUUCCACCACCUACAACUUCUCAGUUAAUGCCAUUAACUCGAUGGGAGAGAGCAGCUACGCUGAUAAUGGUUUAAUACUCUCCGUCACCACUAUGGGUCCUGAUCCUGUGCCAGGCAAGCCCCAUCCCGAAGACCCGGAGCGUAAAGAAGUCCUAGCUAUACCAGUCUACGUCAUCCCCAUCCUUGUGGGAAUCUUCCUGCUGGUCAACGCUUUAGGCUACUUUCUAUUGGUCAGGUGGAAGAAGAAAAAGAGUCUGAAAGAGGGAGCAGGCAGCUUUUCAGAGGGCAAGAGGAGCGAUACAGGGUCAUCGGUGAGCAGCAGAGAACCAAUCAAUGCCUCAGCACAGCGAACGCUUCUCAUCAACACAAGCUCAGAGCCAGACAGCAGCAGCGUCUACGAGAGCUAUGGAGGGAGCAAUCACUAUUACUACCCCACUGAGGCGUACAGUCCAGCUCUUUAUACCCAUUUAGAGACACCACAGAGGUUCGAUAGCAGACACAUUACAAACCCGAUCAGCCAUGAUUAUGAAGAAGUCAGGGACUUAUGGCCAUACCAGGAUCUGUUUGGGUCAAAUCUUCCACCUGCAACAGCUCUGAAUUUCAUAGCUGAUGGAUCAGGCCAGGUUCCAGCAUCCACUUAUGAGCAGGGUAGAUGGUUUGGUGCAACUAAUCUGGACCCAGCGAGUGGAGUUAACAAUUCUAUCGCUUACAGACGCAGAAAUAACUCAGACUUGCCUUUUGAACUGAGGGGUGAGCUGGUUUAA